AUGGGAUCCGACGGGAACAAGCAGCAGGUCACCAUUUCCUCUGAGGGGCAAGACAGCCCCUCAGAGGAGCAGAGCAAGGGGGCGGCCGUGGCCGACCAAGACCGGGAGUACGGAUGCCGGUACUGCCAUAAGAAAUUCAGCAACAAGCAGGCACUGGGCGGCCACCAAAAUGCCCACAAAGUGGAGCGGGCCGUGGAGAAGAACAUGCAAGACAACAGCUACUAUGAUGAGGGCCCCGGAUCCCGGAUGGCUAUGCCCACCCCACCUUUCUACGGUCCCUACCACCACCGCCACGAUCUCCUGCAAAGAUCCUUAUUCGCCUACAGCCACCGCCCCUCUGGAAUGCUGGCCGCGGCCCCUGGCCUUCCUCCUUAUCACGUCCGCCCCUAUCACAUGGCCCACGCCCAGAACUUUGGGCCUGGACCAUCAAGCGCCUUCAGGCCCGUUUUUAAUCACUCCCCACCACCGGUGUUCGCAGAAUACCCCGGCUACCCUAAUACGAGGAAUGUUCCGGGAAACCAGUACGAUGAAUCGGGCUUGGAUUUGUCUCUGAAAUUGUGA